UAUAGGCCGAGGCGUCUGCACUCGCUGAGUCCCCGCUGCUGCCCAACACUCGCCAUGCGUCCUGGGGCACUGUGGCCGCUGUUUUGGGGAGCCCUGGUCUGGGCAGUGGGAUCCGUGGGUGCCGUGAUGGGCUCGGGGGAUUCUGUGCCCGGUGGCGUGUGUUGGCUCCAGCAGGGCGGAGAGGCCACCUGCAGUCUGGUGUUGAAGACACAUGUCAGCCGGGAGGAAUGCUGCGCUUCCGGCAACAUCAACACUGCCUGGUCCAACUUUACCCACCCGGGCAAUAAAAUCAGCCUGCUAGGAUUCCUGGGCCUUGUCCACUGCCUCCCCUGCAAAGAUUCCUGCGACGGAGUGGAGUGCGGUCCCGGCAAGGCGUGCCGCAUGCUGGGGGGCCGUCCACACUGCGAGUGCGUGCCCAACUGCGAGGGGCUUCCCGCGGGCUUCCAGGUCUGCGGCUCUGAUGGCGCCACCUACCGGGACGAAUGCGAACUGCGCACCGCGCGCUGUCGCGGACACCCAGACCUGCGCGUCAUGUACCGUGGCCACUGCCAAAAGUCUUGCGCUCAGGUAGUGUGCCCACGCCCCCAGUCGUGCCUUGUGGAUCAGACCGGCAGUGCACACUGUGUGGUCUGUCGCGCUGCGCCCUGCCCGAUACCUUCCAGCCCCGGCCAAGAACUCUGUGGCAACAACAACGUUACCUACAUCUCUUCGUGUCACCUGCGCCAGGCUACUUGCUUCCUGGGCCGCUCCAUUGGGGUUCGGCACCCGGGCAUCUGCACAGGUGGCCCCAAAGUACCAACAGAGGAGGAAGAGAACUUCGUGUGAGCUGCAGCCACUGGGCCUGGCACUUGAGGCCGUCCCGAUUUUAUUUAUUGUUACAGAAAAGAUUCUAAUUUAUGUCACAUGGACACUCCCCAAACCUGGCCUGGAACCACUUGGGGAUCCCCUAGGAUCCUGAGCACAUAUCACAAGGACGGAAGGAAAAUUUUAUAAGAGUUGGUAUGUGCCAUCACCAGGUACUGGGAUCAAAGUUAGAACCCCAGUCACCUUCUGCCCAAAGAGGGCAGCUUCAUGGAGACCCCCUGCUUUGAUCUCCCCACCUGCUUUCUAGGCUGGAGCUGUCUCAGGGCACAGCCGAUGGUAGUGUAUCCAUCUCAGUUGGUGUUUGCAUAUGGCCAGCUACAGACCAGAGCAGGCAGCAUCGGGUCAGAGAAACACUGGGUUCUUUCCUGUUUAGUCCACACAAGGUGGGACCUGGUAGAAACAUUGGGCCCUGGCUGACUCUCAGGCCCAGGAAGCCAGUGGACACGGGGAUUCACUGUGCCCAGAAAACCCAGAGUCACUCUAGCACCUACUGCCCUGUUCCUGGACACCCACAUUAGCUUUUAUCCAGUUCCCCACCAGCCCCACUCGUCACCAAGCCCAGCCGCAGGUGGUGACACCAGACAGGUGCUGUUUGGGGCUGGACUGUAUUACUGCUCACCCUUCACCCUGACAGCUGCCCUUGAAAGUUACCCACACCCACAUGUGCCUUUAAGGAAGCCAGAAGGGGGAGCUGCAGUGCAGUGGGUAGCAUUCACAGAGCCCGGCCUCCAUCCCCAGUAUAAACAUCCACAUAAACAGACAUGUUGGUUCAGGCCUGUCAUCCCAGCACUUGGAAAGUAGAGGCAAGGGGAUCAGGAGUUCAGAUUCAUCCUUAGCUGUGUUAUGAGUUCAAGGCUAGUCUGGGCUAUAUAAAAUCUUAUCUUUAAAAAAAAAAGAAAAACAAAAAACUUAAAAAGGAAGACAAGAUGUCAGACCACAACAGAAGACCAUGGGAAGGUGCACAGCCCUCCAGUUUGGGGGCAAGAAGUUCCCAGGGCCUUUCUUACCACCCUCCAGUUCUCAGCUGUGCCUUUCUUGUAAUGUCCCCAAAAGUGUCCUUAGCAGGGAGCUAUGGUAGCCUCUCCUACCCCAGAGUUCUGCCUCACCAAGGAAAUAAAAGAAAAUAGAAACCA